CUAUGCCGCCUCUUCCACAUUCGUUCAUUCUUUGCAACCUCUUGCGUAGUCGGUCUUGGUACCUGUAGUUUUACUCGCCCCUAGAACUACAGACACUGUUACCUCAUUUUUUUUUGGCAGGAUGAAGUGUAGCUCCUUUUUGACGGCGUCGGCCUUCACAUGUCUGGCGAGCUGUAUGUGACUCGACCCGACUUCCGAUCAUACGACACUAACGCAUCCACAGCAUCUGCAGUUGUUGCCCGAGAUGCGACCGUCAAACCUAUCGACAUUGCGUUGGAGGUAGUGAAGCGAGCGUCUCCUGAGGCGCCCAACGGUUAUGCGCCAGCCGCGGUUGACUGCCCUUCGACACGCCCAACGAUCCGCAAAGCAGGAAGCCUUUCCAGUCAAGAGACAGCAUGGCUGCAGAAACGAAGACCCAACACCGUCGACCCCAUGCGCGAGCUGCUUGUACGAAUGAACAUUAGCAAUUUCGAUGUUGGGGCAUAUAUCGACAAAUACAGCGACAACACAACUGCAUUACCCAAUAUUGCCAUCUCGUUUUCUGGCGGAGGUUACCGUGCAUUGCUCAACGGAGCAGGUGCACUCUCCGCGUUCGACAGCCGCACAACGAACUCGACAAACAGUGGGCAUCUGGGCGGGUUAUUGCAAUCGUCUACAUAUGUCUCAGCUCUAUCGGGUGGAGGAUGGCUGAUGGGCAGCAUCUACGCGAACAAUUUCACCUCUGUAGAGAACAUCCUGCAGCACGAUGAUAUCUGGCAGUUUCAAAACUCGAUAUUCGAGGGCCCACCGACCAGUGGCAUCCAGCUUCUGUCGUCGGCCGACUACUACAAGAAUCUACUUGACACUGUCGACACCAAGUCCGAUGCGCCUGGAGAGUUCAACACUUCUAUUACUGAUUACUACGGCCGAGCUCUUUCCUUCCAGCUCAUCAAUGCAACUGAUGGGGGGCCAGCCUACACCUUCUCUUCUCUUCAAGACGAUUCUGAGUUCUCGAAUGGAAAUGCACCAAUGCCCAUCCUCGUCGCUGAUGGACGCAACCCUGGAGAGUUAAUUGUGUCCCUGAACGCGACCGUCUAUGAAUUCAACCCAUGGGAGAUGGGAUCCAGUGAUCCCACCACGUUCGCUUUUGCGCCUUUGAAAUAUAUUGGAUCAAACUUCUCCGCAGGCGUGAUCGCCGACGACCAGGACUGCGUUUCUGGAUUCGACAAUCUUGGUUUCGUCAUGGGCACUAGCAGUUCUUUGUUCAACCAGAUCUUCCUCUCGCUCGAUACCUACACCAGCAGCCUGCCAAGUUUCCUGACCACCGCGAUCGCGAACCUGCUAGUCAAGCUUGGACAGAAUGCAGACGAUAUUGCAGACUACACCCCAAAUCCAUUCUACCAUUUCAACCAAGGCACAAAUCUCAACGCGAACCGCACGCGCCUGACACUCGUCGAUGGAGGAGAGGAUCUGCAGAAUCUUCCUCUCAACCCAGUCAUUCAGCCGAACCGUCACGUCGACGUGAUCUUUGCCGUUGACUCGUCUGCCGACACAAUUGCACCGAACACACUGAACUUCCCCAACGGUACCGCUCUGAUCGCGACGUACGAGCGUGCCAACACGGACAUUAUGAACCACACUUCGUUCCCUUACAUUCCAGGCCAUGACACUUUCGUGGCCCUCGGUCUUAACAGCCGCCCCACAUUCUUUGGUUGCAACAGCAGCAACGUCACCGAAGGCGACAACAUCCCCCCGAUCAUUGUGUAUAUUCCCAACGCUCCUUAUGUAUUCUGGUCGAACACGUCGACGUUUGGCAAGCUGGAUUACACCCUUGAGGAGCGCCAUGCUAUGAUUGUCAACGGCUACGACGUUGCAACUCAAGCCAACUCUACGCGUGAGGGAGCGUCGAACUGGCCUACUUGCGUUGGCUGCGCUAUCUUGUCUAGGAGCUUGGAGCGCAAUGGCGAGACUGUACCUGACGCGUGCCAGCAGUGCUUUACCGACUACUGCUGGAACGGCACUACGGUGUCGAGCGUAGCAUCGUACCAGCCAGAAAUGAUUCUCACGGCUCUCAAUGCGACGGCGGACAGCGGUAUUGGGAAGCUUGUUGUUCCAACCAUCAUUGGCUCUCUGAUUCCGAUGGUUGUUUCUGGGAUCAUGCUGUUUUAGGCGGCACUCCAAUUGGUGGCCGAUCUGACAGCGUUUUCAUUUGUUUUGCAUUCUCAUGAUUCCCCAUGUUAUAUAUAGCAAUUUGGAUACUCGAAUA